UAUCUCGACAGAUCUCGCGACAUCGCUCGCGUUUCUCGUCUCUUUCCGCGCGAUUGUCGCGAUGAAUCGACGUGGCCGGCAGGUUUGUCGACCGGAUCUGCAACGGUACCGUACAGCGUAUGUACCUAGGGGAAAAGCUACCGCGGCUACGGCCAGGUCGCCACGCCGACCAAAUCCCAGUUUGUCGCGCUUAACCGGCGCGCGAGGUCCGACCUGUCGCGCUGCGAGAAGUCGAACUGUGCUGUGCGAUCCAGAAUUAAGCAGAUUCAGUACAAUGCGGUACCGAACGUCAUCGAUCAUCGUCAUCGCGCUUCUGAUCGUCCUGUUGGACGGCGCGAUCGGCAGACUGCGGGUCGCCUAUCGCUGGAAGCAAAUCGAUUACAAUUGGCCGAGCGAUGACACCAAAAGAUUAUUCCCGGAUUACAAGCAGGAGGACAAUUUGCCUUUGGGUCUAGAAGUGGCUGGCGACCGGAUCUUCAUCACUGUGCCGAGAUGGAGACAAGGAGUCGCCGCUAGUCUCAAUUAUAUUAGACUUAACGACACCCGCGAAUCGCCACCUCUAAUUCCUUACCCGUCCUGGGAGGCUCAUCAAUACGGUGCUGCUGGGGUGCCUGAGAUCGUCUCGACGUUUCGGGUGCGUGCCGAUCGUUGCAAUCGGCUGUGGGUCCUGGACACAGGACUCACGGACAUCCUGGGCAGCCCCGAGCAGCAGGCGCCGCCGGCGCUGAUCAUCUACGAUCUGACAACCGAUCGCAUGCUGCGCAAACACGUGAUACCGACGGACCAGAGGACUCCCGAUUCCCUGUUCGCCAAUAUCGCCGUCGAGGAUUACUCGUGCGAGGACUCGUACGGCUACCUGGGCGAUCUUGGCGGACCAGGGCUUGUCGUGUACUCCUGGAGCCUGCAUUCCUCUUGGCUCGUCAAACAUCACUCCUUCCAUCCGGAUCCGAUGGGCGGCGAGUUCAAGGUGUCGGGAAUAUCGUUCCAAUGGAACGAUGGUUUGUUCGGGAUGGCUCUUGCGCCGACUGGUGACGGAUAUAGCACCAUGUAUUAUCAUCCACUCUCCAGUGGCAUGGAAUUUUCUGUCACUACGAGAUUGCUGCGCGAUCCUCAGCGUGUCGGUGCUGCGGAAACGUCUCACGAAUUUCAAACAUUGGGCUCGCGUGGUCCCAAUGGCCAGAGCAGCGUCAGCUUCCUCGAUCCGAAAACCGGAAUUCUCUUCUACGCGCUCACCAAUCUAAACACCAUCGCUUGCUGGAGGCCGCAAAAUAAAUUCUUUGUACAACAGCAAGGUUACGUAUACCAGGAUAACGUGACCAUGAUUUUCCCCAACGAUCUCAAGAUCGAUCGAAAUGGCAAUCUGUGGGUUCUUUCGGACAAAUUGCCCCUCUUCAUGUAUUCGCAAUUGGACGUGCACGACUAUAACUUUAGGAUACUCACGGCAUCGGUCGAAGAACUUGUCAUGGAUACGGUUUGCGCAUCAACAUCGUCUUCGAUUUAUCCCACGACGAUGCAUGAUCAUAGAGAUCAUAUGGACCACAAAGAUUACACGAGCACGACACCCAGAAUCGGCAGAUUCAAUUCUGCCAGUUUCAUGAAGAUCGAGACCAAUGUUCUCAUAAUAACGACGUUGUUGACAUUCCUAAUCAAAGCUUUUAUAUCGACUCUGACGAUUGAAAUGAUUCAUGCGAGUCAUCGUGCACUUGAUGCGAGUCAUCGACCUGUUGCACCUGCACUCUUCAAGUUUUAUCUAUGCAUAAAUAAUUUAAUCCGGCCAUUAUUUAAACGCGUGGUGCAUUCAUUGCGACUACCAGAGUUGAGCUACAAAGUCUUGCAUCCGUGGACCACGAAUCGUGAUAUUAAAAACGACGUUCAUUAUCAAUUGUUGUUUACCGUGAAAGGCCCGGUGCACGCGAGAGAGAACACUACUCCGUUCAUUAUUCAAUAUCCCUUCCACGCGGAGAUUAAGAAAACCUUCAAUAUGUCAAAAACUAGUACAGUGCCCGGAUUAGCUUAUCUAUCAGCGAGAGAGCACCUAACGCUAAAAACUGGGGCUAAUUUUCUGGAGGCUAAAAGAAAAAUCGACGGUGCAGAAGGAUUGUGGAGGAUUGAAAACAAACUCUACGACUUAGAGAAUUUUACGAAAUCGCAUCCGGGUGGUGCAGAAUGGCUUCGGCUCACAAAAGGAACUGACAUCACCGAAUUAUUCGAGAGCCAUCACCUUACCGAUAAGGCCGAGCGGCUACUGCCGAAAUUCUAUGUUCGGGAAGCCACGACACCGCGAUCUGCACCUUGGACCUUCUCAUCAGACGGUUUUUAUCGUACAUUCAAGAGACGGGCAGCCGAGGCUUUAAAGAGCGUCGAUUUUCAUCGGCCAUCCACGACAACGAAUCUCAUUAUCGAUUCCUUGAUGGCCAUGACAUUUGCAUUGAGUCUUGCGGGUGCCUUCGCCAAUUCGUACAUAAUUGUCUUUUUCGCCAGCAUUUUUCUGACAUGGACUACUGUUGCUGCACACAAUUACUUCCACAUGCGAGACAACUUUCGCAUGUACUAUUUCGAUCUCAGUAUAUUAUCCUCGAAGAAUUGGCGUAUCUCGCACGCAAUGAGCCACCAUAUGUAUACUAAUACUUUGUGGGAUUAUGAAAUUUACGCGUUCGAACCAUUUCUCCAAUGGAUGCCUCGUAAGGAUAAAUCCUACUUCGCGGGAAUAAUAAGUAAAAUUAUCAGUCCUAUCGUCUGGAUGCUUGUGUUUAUGGUCGAAGGCGUCAAACGAUACUACUCGGUGUUUAUGGAAUGGAAAGUCUUUGAAUUUCGCGACUUCGUCCCCUUUUUGCUGCCUUUGACGAUGAGUUUGCUGGCGCCCAAGAUUCUCGUCGCAUUCAAGCUAUGGCUAAUAAUGCUGCUGAUGAGUAGCGCUCUGUUUGGCUUAAUUGGUUUCAACGCAGCCCAUCAUCAUCCCGAUAUUUUCCACGACGGUGAUAUCUACAGAAAUGAUCUGGACUGGGGUCUGCUCGAGAUGGACGCAGUGCGCGAUCGCAAGGUGAUCGAUGAUUCAAUCUUCCUGGCGAUUACCAACUUCGGUUCGCACACACUGCACCAUCUGCUGCCUACUGUGGACCAUUAUUAUCUGGAACUGUGCAUGCCCGCUUUUCUGCAAACUUGCAAGGAAUUUCGCGUCGAUUCGGGCAAAUGGACGCAGUGGGAGCUCAUCAAGGGACAAUUCAGGCAACUCACGCGAACCGAAGGAAAGAAGAAUCACAGAUGAUUCUCAUCUUCGACACGAGACAGUUCAUUCAAUUGUAAGACAUUUUAUAUAUUAUUUUGUAUCAUCUUUUUUGACAUAAAUAUCUCAUUGAAUAAUGAUAAAUGAAAUAAACUGAAAUUUUUUCAUCGUAA